AGAGUGAAAACUAGGGCACUAUUAUCUGGCCUCUUUUUCCAAGCAGAAGCAGAGAUUUGUGGACAGUGAGCUGGAGUGAAGAGAUAGCGGCUUGCCGUGUGACUUUUACAUUUCCCUUAGUGCCUCAGAAGUAAACUAAAACAAGGUGUCCAUUCAAGGGCAGAGACGCUUUCAAACUCAUCUUCGGAGGCCACCAUGCUGGAGGACAAGAAGACCAAGGUGAAGAUCACCUUUCUGGUUAUCCUGGUUGGCAUCUCGUCCAUGUUGGCGGCGGUGGUGACGGACCACUGGGCGGUGCUGAGUCCCAGGGUGGAGCGGCUCAACACCACCUGCGAAGCGGCCCACUUCGGACUCUGGAGGCUGUGUAAAAAGAGUAUCUUCAUUGUGGAGGAAGACCCUCAGGGUAAAGGCUGUGGCCCUAUCAGCCUGCCAGGAGUCAAGAACUGCUCCUACUUCAAACACUUCACAUCAGGGGAAGAGGCUGAAGUUUUUGAAGUGAAGACUCAGAAAGAGUACAACAUCUCAGCUGCUGCCAUCGCCAUCUUCAGUUUGGCCUUCAUGACCCUGGGCAGUCUCUGCCUCCUGGGGGCUUUUGGGAAGGGCAGAGACUACCUGUUGAGACCAGCUGGCAUGUUCUUCGCUUUCGCAGGCCUGUGCACCGUCAUCUCGGUGGAGAUCAUGAGGCAGUCGGUCAAGCGCAUGAUCGACAGCGACGAGACCAUAUGGAUCGAGUACUACUAUUCGUGGUCCUUCGCUUGCGCCUGCGCCGCCUUCACCCUCCUCUUCCUCAGCGGCAUCAGCCUCCUCAUCAUCUCCAUGCCACACAUGCCUAGAAACCCCUGGGAGACCUGCAUGGACGCCGAGCCGGAGCCCAUAGACUAGCGUGAGAGUAAGAGCGAAGCCUGUAGCCGAGCGAACGGUAAUGAUGCAUUGCGUUUGUAGACGAUGAUAGUGAUGCAUUGAUCUUUUUAACUAAGCACCGACAGAGACGUCGAAUCGCUAAAAGGGUAGGUUAUCCAAAACUAGUUUUUUUUUCUAUUUGUACCGUAGAUCAAUUGGAAGAAAGUCAGUCAAACAGGUUUAGAGUAAACGAGCGCAUUCCCAUUACGAAAUAUCUAACACUGAUUUUGUAUGGUAUGUGAAACUUUUUAUGUGCAUUCAUGCUUAUAUGCAAUAGACGACAGCGUAGAAUGUAUAUUUAGGGAGUUUACAAUCUGUUAUUUCUGAAACGGCGACCGUGAAACUAUAAACUGUUGCUGUUAUACGACUAGUUUCAGCAAAUACAGAUUCAAUUUUAAAGUGAGGUGAAUGUAAUAACGUUACUAGUACAGGUUUAUACUUAUCAGGUAGUUUAAGCGGUUAUAAUCUUUACACACAUGACUUGGACUUCCUUUUAGCGACUGAAUCUCAGAGGUCCGCCUCGAGAAAGACUGUUAAAACCGUUUUGGUGUUCCUAAUGCACUUCCUGUUGCUGUUUCGAGACUGUCGUUUAAUUUAAAGAGAAGGGCAUUUUUGUUCUCAACCGACUGUACGAUCGAACCAUUUUCACAAAAGGAUUUAAUAACCUGCAUACAAAAUGAGUCUACUUGAGUUCAUCGACUGAAAUCCACAGUCGCACGUAUAUUCGUAAACGGAGCACAUUCAACGAGCUUAUUCUGUUACUCGCACAGCUUUGUUAUCCCGCGGCGCGCGCUUUUUUGGGCUUGUAGAAACACAGCAAACCAGGGUUUAACAUUGCGCAGUGCCAUCUGAUAUAUUGAUGGUUCACUCAAAAUUUAAAAAAAUAUAUAUAUUCCAAACCCGUACGUUUUUCGUUCAUCUUUGGGAACACAAUUUUAGAUAUUUUUGGUGAAAUCUGAGAGUUUUCUGACUCUCCGUAGACAGCAACACAAAUGACACGCUCAAGGCCCAGACGUCAUUAAAAUAGCCGUAGAGUGGUGCAACCGUGAUGUUACGUAGCUACGAGAACACUUGGGUUCAACGCAAACACAAAUACAUUUAUGCAGCGAUUUCUUCUUUUAUGCGAGUAAAUGAGAGUACCAGGAUAUAGGCGUCAUUAUUUUUGCCGCCUAAAAGUAUUCUCAUAGCUUUACAUUACGGUUGAACCACUGACGUCACUUGGACUAUUUAAACGAUGUCCUUAAUAUCUUUUUGGGCCUUGAACGCGUCUAUGAAGAAACGGAAAGCUCUCGGAUUUCAUUACAAAUUAUUUUUGUUAUGAGCGUCUUACGGGUUUGGAACAACAUGAGGGCGAGUAGUAGAUGACAACUUUCAUUUUUGGGUGAUCUAUCCCUUUAAGACGCUGAAAACAGCUAUAAAUGUUUGGGAGAUUAAUUAAACGGUUAAAAGCAGGCAUUCUUUUAUAGACAAAAGCAUUUUUAAGAAGACUUGUUAAAAGAUGGAAGCUGAAGACACAAUGUUUUUCUAAACCGUGGCCAAAUAAUGAACAAAAUUCCAAUCUAUGAAUAAAAAAAUAUAUAUUUUCUGUAUAUUUGUUAAGUUCAGCAGUACAAAUAUAUAUUUGCUUUAUUGCUAAUGGCAAUAGUUUUUGUUUUUGGUUGCACUACUAACCAUUUCCUAAACAUAAGUUAAUAUAUUAUAGCUCUAAUAACGCUUGAUUUUUUUUAAUAUCCCGAUCAGGCGAUCACAAACAAACCUCUUUGUUGCUUAUUAAAAUGACAAAUGUCCUGAUUGAUAAUAAAAAGGUUUGAUUUUCA